AACAUUUAUACAUUUUCAUAUAUACAAAUAAUAGACGUGUUUGUGGAGUGAAUAUUCCACGUUAUACAGACAAACAAAUGAAUAGAUGCAUGAGUAGAGGGCAUCAGUGAGGUAGUGAGGUAUAAAAUGUCAGCACCAAACCGGAAUAGGGCGCCUUCUGUGUUGGCUCUCACUCUCUACGAAGGAGAAGAAUGGGUUAACGAACCGGAUGAUGGACUGUUUAAUGUUAAUCAGUUGCGGUCGCUGAGGAAACCGUCAAUAGCCUUUCAAACACAGGGAGUGGACGAGUCCAGUGUUUACGACUACAAUGAGACGGCGAAUCUGGGACGGUUUCGGCCAAGAAAUUCCGUUGCGAUACGGCGCCUGACUGCAGCCGAUGCGAUGGAAACAAGUGGAACAAGAAAGCGUGCAAGAUCAAAAGUUUGGGCGUCUUCUACUGUGGUUGCACAGUCUGCAGAUGAGAGAGCCGAGAAACGUCCACUCUUGAAUGACCACAAAAAGUCAAAGCACUAUCAGAAGCAAACGGGUUGGAGGCGGAUAGUACACCGGAUUGCGAAUGUGGAGCUUUCAUCCACAGUUCUUCUUGUGUGCUGCGCGGUUUUAUCUUGCUUUGCGGAACAAGUACAUCAAUGGACACUAAAACAUUUGCGGUCAAUUGGAGACUAUAUAAUGGGCGACACAGAGAAAGAUUCUUACCAAGCAGGCAUACUGUGGGUUUCAUGGUCCUUUUUUCUGCUAGUGAUCGCAAUUCAACUGACGAAGAUCAGCCCGAUUUGUGCUGGUUCUGGUAUUCCGGAAUUGAAAGUGUACCUAUCAGGCGUCCAUCUGGCUGGUUUCUUCCACUGGAAAACACUGUUUGCAAAGAUUGUGGGCUUAACAGUACUGCUAGCAAGUGGUUUGAAAGUGGGUAAAGCUGGGCCUUGGACGCACAUCAACACAGCAAUAACCGCUCAGCUCACGCGGUUGCCAGUGUUCAGUCAUUUAGUAGAGAAUGAGCGAGUCAUCAAUCAGAUCUUAUCAGGUGCCUGCGCGAAUGGUAUAGCCUCCUGCUUCACUGCUCCGAUAGGCGGUGUGCUGUUCUCAAUUGAAGUCACCACGGAAUACUAUAUGCUGUCCACGUACUGGAAGGCAUUCGUCACGGCAAUCUGCGGCGCUGUAUGUGCCCAUUUCUUCAGGCCGAACCCCUUCAUACAGCCUCUGGAUCAGACGGAUCGCGUGGUCUUCCGGAACCUAGAAUUGGUCGUCUUCUUUGUCAUGGGGAUCGUUGGUGGUCUUCUCGGGGGUCUAUUCGUCCGUGUGUAUGAAAGGAUGAUGGAAUGGAGGAGGAAAGAAUUCUUUGGUAUGAGUACAUACCAUGUCUUUCCAUACUUCUUCGGGCUGAUAUCUCUGCCGCUGUGCUUCUGGCUGGGCGAAUACAUGCGCCUGCCGCUAGCGGAAGCGAUUUCGGACCUAACCGUGAGUACCGAUCUGGAUGUGAAGCAUGGAUGGAUGAAUACAGGGUCCAUCUAUGGGAAUCUGGUGUUGUAUAUAUGUGUCAAUCUGAUGCUGGUUGUGGUAACUAUAACACUCCCUAUUCCCGCUGGAGUAUUCAUGCCUCUGAUCGCGAUCGGAACGGGGAUGGGACGCGUCUUUGGGGAAAUCAUGCAUGAUAUGUAUCCCAAUAGUGGCAUAGCGCGUGGAGGUUACGCCCUUGUCGGGGGUGCAUGUUUAGCUGGAGGGGCCACCCGAUCGCUCAGCUCUGCAAUCAUCGUGCUGGAAGUCGUCAAUGGUAUCGAGUUUAUGCUGCCCGCGCUUUUUGGUAUCAUGAUUAGCAUCACGGUCGGCCAGAGGCUCUCGAGAUCCAUAUACGACAGCAUUCUGUACGCUAAGGGGCUACCUUAUCUUCCCAGGAAAAGCCGCCUGAAGCAAUUCAGCGGGAAAAAGGUUGCCUCCGACUUAAUGCGCAUCGCUCCGACUUAUGUCACACAACUGAUGGAUUACGCUGACCUUGGUCGUAUGCUCUGUGAUCCUCAACAGGAUACUGAGGCUGGUAGGAGGUACUGUGCCGGUUCGUUUGCGACAUUUCAAGCCACCGACAAUUUGGGUGUUCUAUACGACUACCAGAUUUCACCAGCACUUUUAAGCGUGCAUGACGAACGCGAAUACCUGCUUAUAGAGCACGUGGCGAAUGGAGACUGGGAAAUCGUAGAGGAUGAAGAUGAUGUGCCUAUCCAGUUUAUGUCGUACUUGAGUGACUCAGAUCUUGAAAAGAUGGAAACUCAGUGUAUCAAUAUUCUUGAACAUCCUACUCCAGUCAUAGAUCCGUCACCAUUUCAGGUCGUCAUGGAAACGCCUUUUACCGAGGUACACUUCAUGUUCACAAUGCUGCGGUGCGAUCGCUUGUACGUUACAAGCAAAGGCCAGCUGAAAGGAGUGAUUGAAUUGGCUGAUUUAUUGCAGUCAAUAGACGAUUAA